AUGUCCCUUGCUUCAGGCCCUGGACCCGGGUGGUUACUCUUCUCCUUUGGAAUGGGGCUGGUAUCAGGGUCAAAGUGUCCACAUAAUUGUCUGUGUCAAACCCAAGAAGUGAUCUGCACGGGAAACCAGUUUACUGCGUACCCCCCUGACAUACCCUUGAACACUCGGAGGCUGUACCUGGACAAUAACAGAAUCACCUACCUGCCAGCCAUGAAUCUAGGUCUCCUCAGUGACCUUGUUUACUUGGACUGUAAGAAGAACCUGAUUCGAGAGGUGAUGGACUACACCUUCAUUGGAGUCUUCAAACUCAUCUACCUUGAUCUCAGCUUCAACAAUCUAACCUUCAUCUCCCCAUACAGUUUCUCCGUGCUCAGCAACCUGGUGCAUCUGAAUAUCUCCAACAACCCUCACCUGUUAUAUCUUCACAAGUACACCUUUGCCAACACCAGCUCGUUAAGGUACCUGGACCUCAGAAAUACCGGCUUGCGGCUCUUGGGCCAUGAUGACUUCCAUCACCUGGUAACACUAAGGACCCUGUAUCUGAGUGGAAAUCCCUGGAAUUGCAACUGCUCUUUCCUGGACUUCACCAUCUACUUAAUUGUGUCCCAUCUGGACCACCCAGAUGACCUAAAUGCCACGUGCGUCGAGCCUACAGAGCUGUCGGGGUGGCCCAUCACUCGGGUGGGGAACCCACUCAGGUAUAUGUGCAUCACACACCUGGACCGCCAAGACUACAUCUUCCUGCUGCUCAUUGGCUUCUGCAUCUUUGCCGCAGGCACAGUGGCUGCCUGGCUCACAGGUGUCUGUGCUGUGCUCUACGAGGACGCCCGCCGCAAGUCAGACGAGGACGAGACUGAGGAUGAGAUGGGACAAAGGCUGGAUGUCAGCCAGCAGAUUCUUCAAAGCAGGAAUGAGUCGGCCCACGAUGGGUUUCCUCAGCUGAUUUAG